UUCUACUAUAACUUUUCUACUAGUCUAAAAAAACUCUUAUUUCUAUAUUUCUUUUCUCUUUCAUGUGAAAUGAAUCCCAAUAAUAAUAAUCCCUUUAGCACCCAAAAUUCUAAUAACUAUCCAAAUCCCAAUAACUAUCAAUUUCCGAAUCAAUCUUCUAGCAAUCCUCAACAUUUACCAAAGUAUGGUUAUCAACCAAAUUUUUUCAUGCCGUCAGCCUUUCCAAACUAUCCUCCAAAUUAUGGAUCGAUGAUGCCACACCCAUCUCAAACAUCCUCUUAUUCUUCUAAUCCAUAUGGUAAUGAAGUUGUUCCAAAUGUUGGAGCAACUGAAUUUCCUGAAUUUUCUACACAAAUGGCUCUAGGUGGUAUGAGCGAUCUUAAUGAGGUGACUCCAAAUGUAGAGGAUUCAACUUUUACUCGCCAGAAAAGCCCCAAGUGGACCACUGCACAAAAUUUGGUAGGAGGAAAUACUGGCUCUAGAAGCAGUGGAUCUAAGAGAGCUCACGAAAACGAUGCUAGUGACUCCAACUCUGUAGGAUCCAGUGCUCGUCCAAUGGAGAAGGAUGCAGCUAAAAAAAAACUAAAAAGAAAGGUAAGGGUGCAAUUUUGGAAGUGGUCAAUAAAGAUUUUAUUGAAUUUAAACAAAUCAAGGCGCAGGAGUUGGAACGGUUGGAAAAAAUAGCCAUGUUGCAAGAAGAGUCAAACCAAAGGCAAGAAGAGGCAACACAAAAGCAAGAAGAAGCAAACCAGUUGAUGAAAGAAAAGACUCGGGCUAUGUGUGGUUGAAGAGAUUUUUAAGCUUGUUAAUUGAGGUUAUUGCACUAAUUAAGCUAUGUGUGUUUUAUU